UCACUCCUCAUGUGAAUAGCAGGUGUACUUCAUCUGCCCUUGGAGAGUCUACUUUUAUGUGCUUGACAGCAGUGGGAGUUUUCUUUUUGUUUAAGUUAAAAAAGGAAACGUUCAACAAACUCUGUGCUUCUUCAUUUGGGACUGUGCUCCUUAAUGCUGUGGAUAGCCUGAUUAGGACUUGCUAUGGAGCAGCACCACCAGGAUUUCCUUAGUUCGUCGCCUAACAGCCACGCGCUUCACUACAACUCUGCUGAUACUAUGGCAACCUCCCUGGCUGGUAUGGCCAUCAAUGACCAUCACCAUGGCAACCAGUUCCAUAAGGAGAAUGGGGUUUCAGUGGGUCAUAUGGGACAAGGGGACUGCCCAAUGAAAGAAACUGCAGCAGAGCAAAGAGGAAAUGUGCAAACAUCAGAAUCAGACUACACUGAAGCUGAGAUUGCCCUCUCUGGUGGCCUCAUCCCGACAGCACAAACCAAGACUGACAGCGAUGCAGAAAAACGGACUUCAGGAGGAGGCCGUCCUCAUGCCGCUGGCACUAAGAUCCCUGCCAUGACUCCUCCCCAGAGCGAUUCCCCUAAGACACCUGAGUAUAGUGGACAGAGUAGUCCUGGCACACCCAAAUCGCCAUCUAGCAAGGCGCUUGGUGGAAAACCCCCAGCUGGAACAGGGAAGGAGAUUAAGAAGGUGGCUGUGAUCCGUUCCACUCCUAAAUCUCCUGGCUCACUGAAGAACCGCUCCCCGGCUGCGCUAUCAGCCGCCGCUCCCCUGCCUGAUCUGAAGAACGUCCGCUCGAAAAUUGGAUCUACCGACAACUUGAAGCACCAGCCAGGAGGAGGCAGGGUACAAAUUCUAGAUCAGAAGUUGGAUUUAAGUAAUGUCCAGUCUAAGUGUGGCUCCAAAGACAAUAUCAAACAUGUACCCGGAGGUGGCAAUGUUAAAAUUCUUGAUCAGAAGUUGGAUUUAAGUAAUGUCCAGUCUAAGUGUGGCUCCAAAGACAAUAUCAAACAUGUACCCGGAGGUGGCAAAGUACAAAUUCUUGAUCAGAAGUUGGAUUUAAGUAAUGUCCAGUCUAAGUGUGGCUCCAAAGACAAUAUCAAACAUGUACCCGGAGGUGGCAAAGUCCAGAUCGUCCACAAAAAAAUUGACUUGAGCAAUGUGCAGUCCAAAUGUGGUUCGAAAGACAACAUUCACCACAAACCAGGUGGAGGAAAAGUUGAGAUCAAGAAUGAGAAAGUGGAAUUCAAGGCGCAGUCAAAGAUUGGCUCUUUUGAUAAUGUUGGACAUGUUGCAGGAGGAGGGCAAAAGAGGAGAGAGAGGGGCAAGGAAGCAGAGAGAGGCUUCAAGGGUUCACCCCAAAAUGGGGGCUUUCUCACCCCUGACCUCACUGAUACCCCUACCCCAUCAUCUGCCAGUCUGUCCCCUGAACCCAUUCACCUCAGCAACCCUCAAAUAAAAAUCGAGGACUCCAAUUGAGACACACAAGCUGAUGUUCCGUGAAAACGCGAAAGCGCGUACCGAUCAUGGGGCAGAGAUCAUCUCUCUGGA